AUGGAGAUCAGAUUUAUUAUUUACACUCUUAAUGAGACAAAGAUAAACAGGAAAGAAAAAAAAGAAGGUCUGAAGGAGCUGCUGAAGAAUUGCACGUUUGAAACCAAGUACUGCUUGCAUGAGGGUCUUCUGAGGGAGUAUUGCUACGUUCUCGUGGGUAUAAAAGACAGAGAGUGGGAACAGCAAGCUUUCAUCCACAAACUGGAAAGCAAAAGGAUUGAAGUCAAGACAAUUAAGACGGAUGACAAAAUUUUCUAUGGCCUGAGAGCUGAAGACGAGGUGUUCAAGAAUUAUCAGUACCUGCUCAAAGUGUCGGACACCUGCAGCACUGAAGACAUGAAACAGAGCGUUACCCUGGCAACCAGGAUCAGAAUUGUUCAUUUCAUUCUUAAAGAGACAAAGACAAAUGGAUUUGAUGCUGAGGACAACCCAGGACAAAGACCAAAAGGUCUGGAAGAGCUGAUGAAGGACGGCGUGUUUGAAACCAACUACUCCUUACAUGAGGAAACGGACCAGAAGGACCUGGAGGGGAGCUGGGCGGGAUGGACAUCAGUUUUCAGGAAACAACCGUACGAUGAGAUCCAGGAAUACUUUGGGGCGAAGGUGGCGCUGUACUACCUGUGGCUGGGCUGGUACACCACUUUUCUGAUCCCAGCUGCUGCUUUGGGUCUGGUGGUCUUCCUGUUUGGGAUCGCAUUUUUCAACACCCACCCUCUCAUUAAGGAGGUGUGUGAUUCCAACAUCAUCAUGUGUCCUCGAUGUGACAAAAGGUGUGAUCUAUGGAACCUGAAUGACACCUGCACCUAUGCAAAGGUCAACUAUUUGUUUGACAAUAUUAGCACAGUACUUUUUGCUAUUGUCAUGGCCAUCUGGGCCACUACAUUACUGGAGCUUUGGAAGAGACAUCGGGCGAAGCACGUGUCCAAAUGGAAGGUUUACAACUGGUGUGAAGAAGAGGAGGAACUGAUUUUGGAGAUUGUCAAUGACAAAGAAUGCAAACCCAAAAACUUCAAACAUUCCUACCUACGGAACAUCGCGGUCCUGGUCGUGGGUACUCUUGUGGUGCUGCUGAUAAUCGGACUGGCUCUUUUUUUUGUGGUGUUUCGUGUCGUAGCCGCCCCCCUGCUGUCUGAGUUGGAGUUUUUGAGUGAUUAUGCCAACACAGUGGCUAUGGUACUGGGAGCUGUGGUGCACUUCAUCACCAUCCAGACCAUGACUAAGUUCAACAGAUUUGUGUCGAAAAAGCUGUCUAACUUGGUGAACCCAAACUCACGCUGUGAAAAACACAAAACCUUCACCAUCAUGAUGUUCACCUUCCAGUUCUUCACUCUGUUCUCCUCGCUCUUCUACAUCGCCUUCUUCCUUGGCAGAAUAAACGGCCAUCCUGGAAACUACGUUCGCAUCGCAGGGUUCAGACUGGAGGAGUGUCACCCCAGUGGUUGUCUGACAGACCUCUCCAUCCAGAUGGGCGUCAUCAUGACCCUCUCACAGGUUAUGAACAAGAUCCCCAGGCUCGUCAUCCCCUGGCUGAAGAAGAAGUUUAAAAGAAAGGGCACAAAGGCGAGUGGGGAGACUGAUAAUAGCAGCAAUAAACACACGAAUUGUUGGAAAGAGAAAUGUGACGAUUGCUUGCUGAAAGACUGGCAGAAUAACUACCAGCUGGCUGAUUUGGAUGAUCUGAGUCUGUUCAAUGUGAUUCUGAAGAUGGUGAUCCAGUUCAGUUUCACCACCUUAUUUGUGGCGGCGUUCCCUCUUGCACCCCUCAUGGCUCUGAUCAACAACAUCGUUGAGAUCCGUCUGGAAGCCAUCAAGAUGGUCCGGCUGGAAAGACGCUUGAUUCCCAAAAAGACCAACGUCAUGGGUAUUUGGACGAAUGUCCUAGAAGCUAUUGGAGUGUUGGCAGUGAUUACUAACGGUUUAGUCAUUGGAAUCACGUCUGAUUUUGUCCCUCGCCUCGUCUACCGUUAUGGAUACGGCCCGUGUGCCUUGGGAGAGGCCGGCACACACUGCAUGAGUGGUUACAUUAACAGCAGUCUGACGACAGCCUACAUCAAUGAGACCAACCCAUAUAGGUUUGUUUCUCCAGAACAAAGACAUCUCUUCAAUGUAACUGAAUGCAGCUUCAGAGACUUCAGAAGUGAAGAAGAUCAUUCUCUGACAAGUCACUUCUGGUUGGUGUUGGCAGCGCGGUUGGCCUUUGUCAUGGUCUUUGAGCAUCUCCUGCUGGUGUUUAAGUCCAUAGUAGCCUGGUUUGUUCCCAGCGAUUCCUUGAUGGUGAAGAAUGAUCGGCGGGAAAAGAAGCUGGACCAACUGAAGGAAGAGCUUGAAGACCAAACCAAACCCAAACCAACUGGAGUCUGACCUUCCACAGAUGACGUCAGAUUUGUUAUUUCUAUCUUGGCCAAUUUAGAAUGAGGAUUCUUUUUUUCUGAUUUGCUUUAAGUCAUUUAUAUGGUAAUGGAAUUACACUUGUAAUGUUCUCUCCAUUUUAAGUUUUGACACUGAGACAUUUGAUAACGACUUAAUUUUGUAUUUGAAAUGUUAUAAAACCAAGAUUUCUAGAUGUUAAUGUUAAAUGUUUUUGUCAACAUUGAAAGAUAUGAGAGAUAAUGAGACCGGUGAGUAAAAAUGUCAACUCAUCUGAGACAAUCCUGUCUUUUAACUCUGGUGUUGG